AAAUAUUUGUUUUCAAAUUUUUUGUUUAAUAAUUCGUUUUGAUCAAAAGUAUUUUAGUUUAUUUAAAAUUUAUGUUGUAGAACUUACUUUGCUUUAUUUAGAUACAUUAUAACAAUCCCUACAUCUUUAUUCAGAUAUUGAAUGUAUUGAAAUAUUGUUGUGCGUUGAACUACGGUUUUUCUUUACACCACUGUUUUGUUUUUAUUUAAAAUAAUUCAACUGCAAUACAGCGAAACGUAAAAAAUAGUAAUGGCGGGACAAGGACAUCAAUUCCCUGGAAACUUCCAGGGUAAUGCUGGUGCGAUGAGAACAGGUUUUGGCGGGCCAAUGGGGGGCCAGAUGCAAGCCAUGCCUAACCAAAUGACUGGUGUGAUGGGUGGUCCCAUGGGCAACACUGGUAUGGUGGGAAUGGGCAAUCAAAUGGUACCACCGUAUGGAGCAGCUAUGCCAGGCCAAAUGACUAAUAUGGGAAUGGGUGGACAGGGAAUGGGCACAGCUAUGGCUGGAGUAGGAACUGGUCCAGGCGGACUUGGAUCACAAGCAGUUCAACAACAAGGAGGCAUGCAAGCAGCAGCUGCAGUGCAGGUUGCUGCCUCAGCGCCCCCGCCGGCUCCCGUCGCUCACCCUCCACAGAGCAAGGAGUUUAACACAGCUUCAUUAUGCAAGUUUGGCCAGGAAACAGUCCAAGACAUAGUCAGUAGAACACAAGAUGUUUUCCAAACUUUAAAAGCCAUUCAACCACCGAAUGGAACCCAGCACGGUGAAAACGCAAGUAAUGACAAGAAAGCAAAGAUGCAAGAGCAGCUUCGUACGAUAAGACUCUUGUUCAAGCGGCUAAGACUCAUCUAUGAGAAAUGUAAUGAGACAUGUCAGGGCAUGGAGUAUACACACAUGGAAAGUCUGAUUCCAAUAAAAGAUGAAGCGGACAACAAGGCGUUAGACGAGAGGCGAAAUACAGAAUCAUACAGACUAGCGUUGGAGGAAAACAGAGAAUUAACGGAGCAGGUGGUUCUCAAAAAUAAACAGCUAAAGGAGGUAAUCACAAAUCUAAGGACGAUAAUUUGGGAAAUAAAUGUAAUGUUAACAAUGCGUAGAUCAUAAAUAGCUAAUACAAUUGUUAUGUAAAUGUUAGUAUUAAGUUAAUACAAUUAUGU